CACUUAUUAACCAAUUUGAUUCAGCAUCAUUACCCGAAGAAUCAGUUUCAGCUCUAGAAUUUGAUCAUGAUAAACCAAUUUUCGAUUUGAAAAAGAAGAAGAAUGAAACCAAAAAUAAUGGUGGUUACCAACUCGCUAAAAAACGAUCUGCCUCUACAGGUAAAUCUCGUGAAAUGGCAAGAAAUUCAAGUUCGAGUCAGAAAGAAUCUUAUUUAACACCAUCAGAAUCUUAUGUCAUGUUACCACGCUCACAUUUACCCGAUAAGGAUACUAAUGAUGAUAGACAACGAGCUAGCAUCAGUUGUCAUUUAAAAAUUACUAAUCGACUUUUUGACCUGAUGAAUUCAAGAUCUGAGCCGUCACAUCCAAUUUGUCAGGAGUGUGUUGACAUUUUGUUGGGUAACUUGAAUAGACAAUUAACUGAUGCUUCGAAAGAACGAGAUUUUUAUAAAAGUUUUCUAGAAAAAGCGAACAAAAGCAUUAUUGGUGACGUUGAUGCAGAAAAAAUCCAAAAAGAAAUCCAAAAGUAA